AUGCGCCGCCUCUUGUUCUCCCUCUCGCUUACUCUCCUCGCCUUCCCCUCUGUCAUCGCGCGUCUCUCGGUACCGGACGACCCUUACACGCCCCCAAACGCGACUACCGGAACUCAGGCGUCGAAUACCUCUUCCCCAAACACCCAGUGGUCGAACCUCCUCGGAAAUUUGUUGUACUUCUAUGACGAACAGCGUAGCGGGAAUAUCUCCUCAAGCUUUCGCGUUUCAUGGCGCAACGACAGCGCGCUUGACGAUGGAAAGGACGUAGGGGUGGACUUGACGGGCGGAUUUUACGAUGCCGGAGACUAUGUGAAGUAUGCAUACCCCUUGUCAUUUACCCUCAUGACGAUUUGCUGGGGCGGGUUGGAUGUUGGACAUGGCUACGACCUCGCCGGACAAACGCCCUACCUCGACGACAUUUUGCGGUGGGGCCUCGACUGGCUGAUCAAGGCCCACCCUUCGCCACACACGCUCUACGUCCAGGUCGGCGAUGGCGAUCUCGACAAUGUGUACUGGGGCGGCGAUAGGCAAAUCCCCACUCCACGCCCUUCUCUUCAGAUCAACGACACUAGCCCGGGUACCGAUGCCGCCGCACAAGCCUCUGCUGCAUUCGCCGCAUGCUCCGCUCUCUACUCCAAUCGUACCCUCACUCCCUCGGCGACCUUCGCGCUGAGUGAUGCUACCUAUGCAGCGACAUUAUUGUCGCACGCUCAGGAUCUCUAUGCCUUCGCCACCAACGCAAGUUCGGGUAUGCAAGUCUAUCAACACGCGGUUCCACAAGUCGGGAACGCCUACGCGUCCUCAGAUUACCAUGACGAGCUGGCCAUUGCGGCCCUCUUUUUGGCGCUUUCAGAGGUUCCUUCCAAUUCCUCGUCCAAUGCGACGGGCAACUCGACAGCGUACUAUGCCGAUGCCAUUCAUUGGUACCAAUCUGCCAAUCUCUGGGACGAGCUUGAUGCUGCGUCACAAGCCGUUUUCAACUGGGAUUCCAAGGCCCCCGGUGUCCCCCUGCUCGGCGCACAAAUCGCAUCAGCAUAUCCGGCUGUUGUUUCGGGGAGUAACACGACCCUCGACUUCUGGAAGAACGCCGUCGAGGGUUACUUCAACACGUUCCUCAACACGAGCGAUAGCAGGGCGCACUUGACGGAUGGUGGCCUUCUCUACUUCCCCGGAGAUUCCGACGAGGCUUCCCUGAAUCCUGCCCUCAAUGUUGCCAUGCUCAUGAUGAAGUACGUCGCGUCCGACAUUACUACCAGUCAGGACCGAUAUCGCGCCUUCGCUCAAGGCCAGCUCGACUACGUGCUGGGGAACAACCCAAUGUCGGUCCCUUACGUCGUGGGUACGCACCCGAGCUCUCCACAGAACCCGCACUCGGCACUCGCGACCGGCUACAACCCGCCCAACACAUCCUUCAUCUCCAUCCCCGAUGACAUCGACGGCGACCCGGCGACGGAAGCUUACGUGCUCUACGGAGCCGUCGUCGGCGGACCCGACGCGCACGACCUCUUCUGGGACCUCCGCGAGGACUGGGCGCAGGGCGAGCCCGCGCUCGACUACAACGCGCCGCUGCUCGCGCUCGCCGCGCACGCGCUCGUGGCGGGCUCGGGCGACCCGUACUACACGCGCGUCGCCGCGGACGCGUACGCCGCGGUGCGCCCCGCCGGCUUCCCGUGCGACGCCGCGGUGCGGACCGGGUGCUCGAGCGGGGGCCUGUCGCGCGCGGCCGCGAUCGCGAUGGGCGUCGUCAUCUCCGUCGUCGGGCUGACGCUCAUCGCGGUGACGGCGUACUGGGUGCGCACCGCGCAGCGGCACUCGUCCAAGGCGUGA